CACAUCCGCCGCCCAUCGCGUCUCUGCCUUGGCCUGCGCCGCUGCUCCCAGACGUGCCCCCAGCCGUCCAAGGCUUUCCGCCGCCGCCAUGCUCGGGCAUCUCCGGCGAUCCCUCCGCGCUUUUCACCGCCUACCCGCCACCGGCCACGCAGCCUGCGAUCCCGUCCCUCUCCACCGGUUCUGGAGUUCGCAUAUAGUGACUGUAUCUGGUUGGCGUAACAAGCAUGCUACUAGAGAUUUCUCUACUUCCGAAAAAGUUACCAGAGGUCGAGUAUAUCAGCAAGAGGAGUUAGAAUCAACUACACCUGCGAAGGAUACUGAUAUAAUAAUUGAUCGCAUAAAAAAGAGCACAAGGGAAUUGGAACAAGGGCCCAUUGGAAAAAAUUUGUCUUCAGCGGAGAAAAGAGAAUUUGUUGUCAAUACUCUCCUUGGUCUUGAAGAUUCAAGAGAAGUUGUUUACGGCACCCUUGAUGCUUGGGUUGCCUUUGAGCAGGAUUUUCCUCUUGCUUCACUAAGGCGAGCACUUUCAGCUCUUGAAAAGGAGGAACAGUGGCAUAGAAUUGUCCAGGUGAUAAAAUGGAUGCUAAGCAAAGGGCAAGGCAACACAAUGGGAACAUAUGAGCAAUUAGUGCGUGCACUUGAGAAGGAUAAUAGAGCUGAGGAAGCACAUGAAAUCUGGCAGAAGAAAAUAGCCCAUGACCUGCAUUCAGUUCCUUGGCGUUUCUGUCAUCUUAUGCUGGCAAUCUAUUACAGAAAUAAUAGGCUAGAAAGGCUCGUGAAGCUCUUCAAAGAACUAGAAGCAUGUGGUCGUAAACCUCCAAGCAAAGAUAUUAUACGGAAAGUUGAAGAUGCAUAUGAAAUGCUUGGACUACUAGAAGAAAAGAAUGUGUUGCUUGAAAAAUACAAGGAUUUAUACAACAAGCCAUAUCGGGGUGAUCGAAAGAAAGGCUCCAAAUCCAAAAGGACUGAGCGCGGAUGGGAGCGAGAUGGAAACAUCUGAAAAUCUUCAAGUUCACAGUGGCCCUUUAGAUGAGAAAUCCGCUGCCACCAUUAAGUCAUGACAUGAGGUGAUGUGAGUGUCUUGGUCGCUUUGGUCGCCGGCGAACGGUAAUACCAAAAAUUCUUGCACGAACAUGAUGGUCGAUUUCCUGAUGGUUGUGUGUAUCAACCCCAAGCCAGUGUCUGGUCUCGGAUGUUCUCGGAUGUUCUGCUUUGCAGUAGCUUAAACUGUGUCCUUUCCCUGUUUUUUUUUCUUACUGAGAUUGUUAUUGGAAGUUGGUUCAGUUCCUUUUUGUAUUUGGUUGCAUUGUUGCAACAGGUACCUCCUCCUAUGAUGCUGUACAGUUUUGGGUGUUCGGAGGCAACAGUACAAGUAUCACGACGAAGUCGAUGCUGGUUUUUUUUUUUACUUUAUUGCAUUGCUCCAUUGAAGCUUUAACCAGUCGAGUGGAGUGAGCAUUGAUUGAUUGUGACCUGAUGGAAGUGGUAUGGUUAAUUCUGGCACCAACCUCCAACCAUCAUGGGUCUGUUUGGUUCAUGGGCUUAUGCUAGCCUGGUUAGAAUAUGAAGCCAGACCAACUCAAACCUCUCUACUAAUGCAUGGUUCAUGUUUGGCUCCUUGUAUAAGUGAAGCAUGGUUUACUUUUGGUGUGUUUGGUUUGCUUGCAUAACUAGUGUCCCGUCACCUCCUCCAAUCGGUUCAGGGCGUCUCACCACCUCUCCUGCUCUCAUCUUCCUCCCUCCGCCGCCUUGUGUCCUCUCCAGUCCCUUCUUCCCGCUCGCCGGACACCCGCCGCCCUCGGGGUCCCCGUCGCCGGCGCCCUCCUUCCUCCGCGCAGCCGAGCCCCUGCCGCCCCGUCCGCUGCCCGCGCGAGCGGGAGCCGUCGCCGGCACGCUCCGCCGCCGAGGGUGAGCUCUGCACCGGCCGUGGGCCGGCGAGCUGCGCCGGCCACUUUUGGGCGCAUGAUCUUGAUUGAUAUCAAGACACGAGUGCAAGAAAGAAGCCAGGAUCCCAGGCCCAUCUUUAUUUUACUCUAGUACUAGUAUAUAUGCGUUAGUGCGAUCUUGCGCUGUGCUGUGCGACUGUGGGCGAUACGUACUAGCUUUCGUUCUUUCUUUAUUA